AUGAAGUUCUCUACCUCCAUUCUCAGCAGCUCGCUCCUUGCGGCUACUGCCAUUGCUGCACCUUUGACUGCUCAACGCCAGGCGCGCAAUGCUGCUCGCCAAAAUGCACGUGCUGGCAAGACCCAACUGCCUAUGAAGCCUGGGACCAACGAGGUUAUGCACUUCAAGCAAACCACCGAGGAGCAGUAUGACUCAAACUGGGCUGGUGCUGUCCUGAUCGGCUCUGGAUACACCGCGGUGACUGCGUCAAUCGUUGUUCCCACCCCCCAGGCCCCUAGUGACGCAUCUCCGGGCCAGCAAUACUGUGCCGCGGCUUGGGUCGGUAUUGAUGGAGACACCUGCAGCUCUGCUAUCCUGCAGACUGGAGUGGACUUCUGUAUCCAGGACGGUUCUACGACCUACAGUGCAUGGUACGAGUGGUUCCCCGACAACGCCUACAACUUUAACAAUCUCGAAAUUUCUGCGGGAGACACGAUCCAGAUGACUGUGGACGCUUCCUCACUUACUUCUGGCACUGCCACUAUUGAGAACACAUCUACUGGCCAGUCGGUCACCCACACCUUCAAUGGAGGCGAGGAUGGUAGUCUAUGCGAAACCAAUGCCGAGUGGAUUGUUGAGGAUUUCGAGGAAGGAGGCUCUCUGGUUCCAUUUGCCAACUUUGGGGCUGUCACCUUCUCCGGCGCUGAGGCUAUGGAUGGCGGCUCGACUGUUGGAACUGACGGUGCUACUAUUGUGGAUAUCCAGUCAAGCAGCGGGCAGGUUCUUACAUCCAGCUCUGCCAGCGGCAACAGUGUCACUGUUCAAUACGUUGGUCAAUAG